AUAUCAAAAGUAGUUGAAAAGGAGAAAUAAUUUAAUAUGGUAGAGGUUUAUGAAUUCUGGACUAUUAUAGUUACACUCGUAGUGGUAAAGCUAUGUCAUUGGAUCUAUAAGUGGAGGAAUCCAACAAGUAAUGGAAAACUUCCUCCAGGAUCUAUGGGUUUCCCAAUCAUCGGAGAGACGUUGGAGUUCAUGAAGCCUCAUGACGCUUUUCAGUUGGCAACAUUCUUGACGAAGAAAAUCCUCAGAUAUGGACCGGUGUUUCGAACAAGCUUAUUUGGAGCCAGAGUUAUUAUCUCAACUGAUAUUGGAUUGAACAUGGAGAUAGCAAAGACUAAUCAUGCUCCUGGUGCGCCUAAGAGCUUAGCACGAUUUUUUGGGGAAAACAACUUGUUUGUAAAGAGUAAGGAGUCCCAUAAACAUGUUCGGAACUUGACAUCCCAGUUCCUAGGUUCACAAGGUUUGAGAUUGAGGAUGAUACAAGACAUUGAUUCCUUGGCUCGCACACACAUGGAGUUAGGAGCUAAGAAUGGUGGUCUUGAUAUCAAGGAAACAUCAAGCAAGAUCUUAAUUGAAUGUCUUGCGAAGAAAGUUAUGGGUGAUAUGGAACCCCAUGCAGCAAAAGAACUAACACAAUGUUGGAGAGGUUUUCCUAGAGGGUGGUUUCGGUUCUCAUGGAGCAUUCCUGGGAAUGGUGUCUAUAGAAUGUUGAAGGCAAGAAACCAGAUGAUGAAUUUACUAAAAGAGACUGUGUUGAAGAAGAGAGCAUCAGGAGAGGAGCUUGGGGAGUUCUUCAAGAUCAUAUUUGGGGAAACAGAAGGAGGAUCGGAAAAGAUGAGCAUAGAGAAUGCGAUCGAGUACAUAUUUACUUUCUUUGUGAUUGCUAACGAGACAACGCCAGGAGUCCUUGCAGCUACUGUAAAGCUCAUAAACGACAACCCUAAAGUCAAGCAGGAGUUGCAAAGAGAGCACAAGCGAAUUUUUCAGGAUAAGACCGAGAAGGACGAGGCCGACCUAACAUGGGAAGACUACAAAUCAAUGACUUUCACCCAGAUGGUGAUAAAUGAGUCUCUAAGGAUCACAAGCACGGUGCCUACAAUGCUUAGAAUAGUUGAACACGAAACACAUGUUGGUGAUUACACAAUUCCAGCGGGAUGGAUUUUCAUGGGCUUUCCUAGUGUCCAUUUUAAUCCAGAAAAAUAUGAAGACCCUUUAGCAUUUAAUCCAUGGCGUUGGGAGGGAAAAGACUUAAGUGUGAUUCUCUCCAGGACUUACAUGCCCUUUGGCGCUGGUUCUAGACUAUGUUUAGGAGCUGAGUUUGCUAAGAUGCAGAUGGCCAUUUUUAUCCAUCAUUUGUGUAGAUACACGUGGUCAAUGAAGACAGAGACUAAAGUACUUCGGAGGUUUAUACUUAUGUUUCCACGUGGAUCUGAUGUUCAAAUCUCUGAAGACACCGAAGUGGAUAAUUCUUCUGUCUACUAGGUGGUUAUAUCUCAUUUGAGGUCGUUGGUUUGAAGCCCAAAAUAUAGGAGUGGUACAAAUAUAUAUACCAGUGUUUGUAAUAGGUAUCCGUUAUUAUGUUGUGUGUUUUUGUAUGUUUCUAUUGAAUUGAAUA